GGGGAGUGUAAAGGAAGACGCCUAUCUGCUGCGCUGGGCGGAAUUUGGACAAAGCCGACCUUAUUCUGCCUAAAAUAUAGGACAGAGAAAGCUGCGGAAAGCCGAGGUUUUAGCAGACGGGCGGAGCUCUCCUCUCGUGUGAAUGUUGGAGAGCGUGCGCUGAAACAGCAGAGAGUGCCGGCGCCGUAGAAAAUCCCUUUGUUUGGGGAAUGGAAUCAGAGAACCGCUAAAUACAGAGAAAGUCAGGCUGCCGUUCUGGCUCGCGGGUCAGACACGGACCGUCAGAGCCCAGCGGGCGCAUCCCAGCACUGGACAUGUGCUUCAGCGGCCGGCCCUCGCCAAGCCCUUCGCCCAGCACGGGGGGCAACAGCUCAGGGUCCCAGUACGCCUUGUGCGCCCUGGGCGUGGGGCUUAUUGCCCUGGGCGUGGUCAUGAUCGCGUGGAGCAUGGUGCCCUCUGAAGCCACGCGGAACAGCAGCCGGCCAGGAGGGGGCAGUCUGGAGGCCAAGGGCCGCACCUCGUCGGUAGCCUUCAUCCUGGCGGGCGGCGGCGUGGGCAUGCUCAUGCUGUCCUUCUGCCUGGGCGUGCGCAACAAGCAGCACCGGCAACAGUGGGAGGGCCAGACCCCGGAGCCGCAGUUCCAGGAUCACAUCAGUGCUGUGGAGCAGGGCAACAGCGCCACCGCGGCAAGGGAGCUGGCUGCCAGCUAUGACGUGCCGAGCUAUGAAGAGGCAGUGGGCAGCGGCCAGUACCCAGUGCGGCAGAGCAACCUGCGUCACAGCGCCUCCCAGCUACCAUCCUAUGAUGACCUGGUGGACUCCCGGGAGGACUGGGGCCCCGAGGACAAUUCCAGCGACGGUCACGGUCCUUUGCCGGAUUCGGCUCCUCCCAGCCAGGUGGGACGGCAGCACAGCCGGACCGGACGCAAGCUCCUCCCCCUCAAGGUCCGCCGGAUCAAGUCUGAAAAGCUGCAUCUGGAACACCCUCCCCUGCAGGCUGGUCCUCUGACCAUCGAACCGCUCACCCCCCCUCCGCAGUACGAGGAAAAGCUCCCCGAGCUCUGAAGGACUCAAGUGCUCGAUCACCUGGGUGGCAUCUCUCAUCAAUGCCAGGCCCCGCCUAUUUUACCCAACAUGGCCCCGCCCCCUUUACCUCUGCUUGCAAGCACCUGCCUCCUCCACCUGCCACCUUCAUUCUCGGGGCUGAGCUCAGGUGUUGAAUGUGACGUACUAGUUCACCGCGGCAGGACGCACCUUUCCGUCACCUCCUCUCCUGCGAGAAGAUGACUGGACUCCACGGUGUGCUUCUUACUUCCCCUGUGAAAUUCAGUCUUUCCCACUGAAGAUGUAGUGGACCGUGUGUAAUGUUCUGGAUGUAGUGUACAGAAUGUUAGAGGAAACAGAGUGGCAUAUUUAUUCUCAGCCUAAAGGGGAUGGUGCUGCUCUGCUCGGCCUUGUAGUAGCACCACCACCCCCUACCCCCCAUGCAAACUAAAGUUUGAAUAUUGAGUGUUUUACUUUGAAGAGCGUAAUGGAGGAUAAUGUGACAGAAACACGGGGGAUUCGUCGGAAUCAUUUUACUCGUCGUACAGUAUGAAAUACAUUUAUGGAUGCACUUAAAUGGGUACUUUCAUUUAAGAAAUCACCGUAUUCUCGUCCUGAGAGAAAAUAAGGUGUGUGUGUGUGUGUGUGUGUGUGUGUGUGUGUGUGUGUGUGUGUGUGUGUGUGUUAAUAUGCUUAGCAAAGGUUUGUAAGUGUACUAGUUUUUUUUUCUUUAGGCUUGUAUGGAAAGAGUUUACCAGAGAAUGUCUGAUUUAAGAAGGAAACUGUGAUUCAGAGUGAUUACGUGGUUAACGUGAAGAAUGGACUGUGCACUUUGUGUUUGGGGAGGGGUCUUCUUAAUACUUAAGCUCUUAAUAUCGAAGGAUGACGGAGGGCGAGCCGCUGCCUUCCUUCCUGUCCUCACGAAAAAUGUGCUGGCUUUGGUUUUCACAGCCUGCCUUUGCGUGAGCCAAAGACCUCCUCCUGUUUCUCUCUAUUUUCCUUCAGGACUUUUUUCUCCCCCCUCUUCAGCUGCGUUGUCUGUUGCCGGUUUUUUUGUCGGCUGCGUUUCCCAUGAGGCACUUUUGACUGACUCCCUCGCAGCCAAUCCACUACCCGCUGCUGCCUCUAGCGACAUCAAACAUUAGUCCUUGUGUUGUACUCGUGUACCGUUUUCUGUUAAUGACCCUUUCUGUAUUUGAGUCGCAUGGCAGGACACGAAUUUCGUUUGCGCAAUAUUUGGAGUGACAGUUUGGGAAUUUUUCUUUCAGCCGAGGAGAGAAGCCGAUUUUGUUUUACAUUUCCAAAUGAAGUGCCUUGCAUUCCCAGAAUGUCAGCGUCACUGACAGGUAAAUCUUAAUCGGGCAUCCAUGCUAUAUACGGUGCAGUAGUACAUUUAUCCACUUGCCUUGUAACCCAGUUUCAGCAUAAAUGAGAUGCUCUCCUUACUUAUUCAUAUAGUCAGGGACUGGGCUGCAUGGCCCCCCCAGGAGGAGCACCGGCUUUGAACGGCCUCCCAGUUUGUAGAAGGGGCUGCUUCAUUUGCCCUUUUAAAAUCAAGCGCUCGUCGAAAGGCCAAAUGCUUCAAGACUUGUUAUCCCUGAGCGAUGUCUAAAAUAGAGUUGUAAAUCAGCCCCCCCCACCAAAUCUUCCUCGGUGCCUCCAUGUUCUUGCAUCUGGAGCACCAGAACUUGGUCACUUUUAUAAUGUCAGUAGAGCAGUUAAGAUCUGAGGCGCAGUGACGGCCAGUACAGCCUGCAGCCCCUGAAGCAGAAUCCACUGCCCUAAACCGACUGUAUCCUGGGCCAGGGGUUGGACGUCCGGCUGCUGGAUAAUCUCCUGAUAACCAAGUCGUGAUCCCCCAGCUCUUAGACUUGUGUGCCCAUGCAUGCAGUUCCUUGAAGGUAACAGGUAGUCCGGUUAAGAAAUGAAAAUGACAAGUUAAACACGAUCCACUUUUAUCUCCGGUGCUUCAAGCUCUUCUCUCCUCUGUUUAAUGUGUCUGUUCAGACUCAACAGUGUGUGUGUGUGUGUGUGUGUGUGUGUCUCUAUGACAUUAAUAGCUGGUGACCUGGGAACGCCUGUUCUGUAUCACUCCUGACUUGCAUUGUGAAUCGUAGGAAAACUGCAUAAAGGAAUGAGGUUUUCACUUUAACUUCUGGCCAGAAUUAAAUAAGAGAUUUCAAUUCACCCAUUCCUGACCAGUUCACCUUUUGUAUGCAAGCACCAUGUUAAAUCCUUUGUGGAGAUCUCUGUACAGAUCGUAAGCACCGUGUGUAGCUCUGCGAUUAACGGAUGACCUUUCCUUCUCAAGCUUCUCUUUAUAUUCCAAGAAGAAACUGUUUCUGUUGAACGUCACGACAUGAAUUUUGUAAACCGAUGUCCACUUGGAAAUGUUUUUAUGCUAUUGUUGAAAACGGGCCCACGCUGUGGCCGCGUUUUUUUUUUAGCAUGAGUAUUUUUAAAAUGAGGUUAUGUAUUAGAAUUGUUUUUUUUUUUUUUUUUGGUAGCGUAAACCACUUUUAUAACUGUUUGUAUUUAUUCCAGCAUUUUUCUUGAAAGUGAAAAAUAAACGUGCUUUUUGGAAAUAGAA